AUGAGUACAGUUCAAAUGAAAUAACACAUAAACUUAUUAAGAAAAGCUGUUGGUGAAAUAAAGGAUAGCACUUAAGAGAGAAUAACUUAAAUAUCCACAGAAGUUUAAUUUAAUCCUCAAGAUAAUAAAGAAUUUAAUGAUUUACUCAAUGAAAUCAAAUAAGAAACAUUAAGAAAAUUGCAUGCAUUUUAUGAAUUGAAAGUUAAUAAUAAGACAAAUGUCUAUUAAUAAGAAUUAUCAAAUUGUUCAACCAAUUAUACAGAAUUAUAACAAUAGGUUUUAGAACACUAGGAAAUAGUCAAAGAAAAGAUUAAUUAGAAUUUGUAAAAGAGAGAAUAAUAUGAUAAAUUAGCAAUUAGAAUGGUUCUCAAUUAUGAGAGAUUAAAAUUAUACAAAAAAUAUUAUAAAUCUCUUAAAUAAUAUGCAACAAGAAAGAGAAAAAGCAGAUAAGCAAAAUUUGAUGCAUAUCAAAAAUAUUAGUUAGGGUUAUAAACAAAAGUAUUUUAUUAUUGGAGAAGCACAUGUCAUAAAACUGGCUAUUAAACCAUGCUUAUCACUUAAGCUGCUAAAGAAAUUAAAAAUAUCCAACAAUGUAAAGUGAUAUAAAUAACCCUAGAAUUUAUUGAUAUUGUUAAAAUAUUGAAAGCCAAAAUAGCUGAAACUGAGGAAUAAAUUUAAAUUAAGAAAAAUGCUAAAGCAGAGUUCUCAUAUAAUUUGAGUAGAAAUCUUCUGAAAACCAUAAGCAAUUUAUCUAUGGAAGUUAUGUCUCUUCGUCAAGUUACCAUAAAAGGUAAAAAAGUUCAAUAAAUACUAGAUAAUUAGAUUAAUAAUGAUGAAAAUACUAAAUUUUUGAAGGAAGUUAAUGGUUUGAUUUAAUCAAAACUGAGUAGCAUUCAAUAAUUUAAAGAAAAACUGAAAUCAUCUGAGGAACCAGCUGCAUCUGAGACUCAUAAGAAGAAUAAACAAUCCAUUUAGUUUGAUCUAUAGAAUUAGUCAAGAAAAUGA